AUGAGUGAAGAAGGUCCACAAGUGAAGAUUAGAGAAGCCACGAAAGAAAAUGUCGAUUUUAUUCUUUCUAAUACAGAUUUGGCAACAGCAAAUUCUUUAAGAAGAGUAAUGAUAGCAGAGAUUCCAACUUUAGCUAUUGACUCAGUAGAGAUUGAAACAAAUACAACUGUCUUAGCUGAUGAAUUUAUAGCUCAUAGAUUGGGUCUUAUCCCCUUACAAAGUAUGGAUGUUGAACAACUGGAAUAUAGUCGUGAUUGUUUCUGUGAAGAUCACUGUGAUAAAUGUUCAGUCGUUUUAACUUUACAAGCCGUGGGUGAAAGUGAAAGUACAACAAAUGUGUAUGCUAAGGAUUUAACGAUUGUUUCAAAUUUAUUAGGACGUAAUAUUGGACAUCCAAUUAUACAGGAUAAAGAAGCUAAUGGUGUUUUGAUUUGUAAAUUAAGAAAAGGUCAAGAAUUGAAAUUAACAUGUAUUGCCAAGAAAGGUAUUGCUAAAGAGCAUGCUAAAUGGAGUGCUUCUUCUGCUAUUGAAUUUGAAUACGAUCCAUGGAAUAAAUUAAAACAUACACAGUAUUGGUAUGAACAAGAUGCAUCAAAAGAGUGGCCACGUUCAAAGAAUAGUGAAUACGAAGAUCCUCCAAUUGAGGGACAAGCAUUUGAUUAUAAAUCAAAAGCUGAGACUUUUUAUAUGAAUGUUGAAACUAUUGGGUCCAUUAGUGUCGAUCAAGUUGUUGUUAGAGGUAUUGAUACAUUACAAAAGAAGGUAGCAUCUAUUCUAUUGGCACUAAAUCAAAUGGAUCAAGAGAAGGUUAAUUAUGCUCCUAAUGGUCCAUCUGGUAUGAAUAAUGGUUCCAUGACUGAGCAUGAAGACAUUCCAAUGGGCGGUAGAGAACAAGAUCCUUACGGUAGCGGUACCGAUAUGGGUGGUUGGUGA